AUGGAACAUGGGAACCAGUCUAAGGUGAAUGAAUUCAUCCUUUUGGGUCUCUCGCAGGCACGAGAGGCCCAGCUGUUCCUCUUCUUUCUCUUCCUUCUCUUCUACUCCCUGAUCCUGCCAGGAAACAUCCUCAUCAUUGUGACCAUCAGGACUGACCCCCGGUUGGGCUCCCCCAUGUACUUCUUCUUGGCCAACCUGGCUUUCCUGGACAUCUGCUACUGCUCUGUCACCCCACCCAAGAUGCUGACUGACUUCUUUUAUGACCGCAAUACCAUCUCUUACAAGGGCUGCAUGGCCCAGCUUUUCUUUCUCCACUGGCUGGGAGGAUCUGAGGUCUUCCUUCUUCUUGGCAUGGCCAUCGAUCGCUACGUGGCCAUUUGCCACCCUUUGCAUUACACUAGCGUCGUGAGCAGGCCAGCCUGCAGUGUCAUGGUCAUCCUAUUCUGGUGCUUAGGAUUUGUUCAUUCCAUCAUCCAGGUUGUCCUCAUUGUCCCGCUCCCUUUUUGUGGCCCCAACGAAGUGGACAAUUUCUUCUGUGACAUCACUCAGAUCGUCAAGUUGGCUUGCACCGACACCUAUGACUUGGAAUUCUUCAUGUUCAUCAACAGUGGCCUCUCCGCUCUCAUCAGUUUCACCCUCCUCAUUAUCUCCUACGUGAUCCUGCUGAUCAAGGUGAGGACAGGCUCCACCGAAGGGAAGAGCAAAGCUGCCUCCACGUGCAUCACCCAUAUCAUCAUCGUUGUUGUCAUGUUUGGUCCUGCCAUUUUCAUGUACUGCCGCCCAUUUCAGGAGUCUCCUCUUGACAAACUAGUUGCUAUUUUCCACAGCACGGUCUUCCCCUUGAUGAACCCCAUGAUCUACACAAUGAGGAACAAGGAGAUCAAGCAUGCCAUGAGAAAGCUGGCAAGCCACCUAAGCUUUGCAAGAGUUCACCUGCAAGUCAAUUGCGAUGAGAACGAAUUCCCACACGGCGGAGAGAACAAGGGCCAUGUCUGCAGCAAUUACAAAGCACAAUGCCAGAAAGACCUGCCAUAA